GGUUAAAACAAUAGAACUUUCCCGGUUACAAAUGCCCCGUGAAUUCACCCAAUCUCACUUGUUUUCUUUCCCUUUGGUUGCCGAUUUCCAAAGCGGAUAUGAUCUCCCAGCUGAGAAAAGGGGAAGAACCCUGGGUCCCGGAGCUCCAGGGCUCCAAGGAAAGACAGAGUCUGCGUGGCAUCUGCACGGGUGAAUUCAUUAAACCCACCCUCUGAGCUCAGGAUUGCCUCCUGCAGGUCUCGUAGCCUCGGGGCAGAUAUCGCUCAUGGCUUCCUCCCUGUCCUGUCCGAUGCCUGGCUGCAGCUCCCUCCCUGGUCUCCCUUCCCCCUGAGUGUUCGAGGGGGUGUGAGGGCAGAAUUGAUCCCUGCCUCUCUCCCUUAGGGGGAGGAGUGUCAGGGAUUCAGCUCCUAAUUCUUUCAAUCUCCACAGCACUUCCUUCGGUUUGUUGCCCCCGAGCCUUUCCCCUUUCGGCUGGGCCCAGGGAAUGACUGAUUGCUGGAUUCUUUCUCUCUGUCCCAGCAGGUGAUUCGAUGGUGGGUGAGAACGCGGAGCAGAACCCUCAGGAGGAAGACGCUGAGCAAGUGGAAGCACAUGGAGGAUUAUCACGGACAUCCACAGGGAAUGUGUCCAGACGUCGUGAACAGGGAAAAGCUUGUGAGAGUCAGCACAAGCCAGAGCAGCAACAGGGAAACCAGACGGGGGAGAAAGUGGAUAAGUCCACUAAUUGUCAGAGAAUUCACAAGAACCUCAAAGCACUCACAGCCCAGCAGUGAAUCCCCACGGCAAAGAGAAAAAACCCAUGCACCGAGCGUGGGAAAAACUUCAGUUACCACUCAGACCUUCUUAUACACGAGAGACUCCACAUGGGGCAGAGACCUUACAAAUGCUCCGAGUGUGGGAAAAGCUUCCACCGGAGCUCAGCCCUUGUUACACACCAGAGGAUCCACACGGGAGAGACCCCCUAUAAAUGCUGUGACUGUGGGAAAAGCUUCAGUCAGUUCAAACCUUAUCAGGCAUCAGAGGGUCCACACGGGAGAGACCCCCUUUGAAUGCGCCGAGUGUGGGAAAAGCUUCACGGUGAGCUCAUACCUUAUGCGACACCAGGGCACCCACACCGGCGAGAACCCUUAUAAAUGCGCCGACUGUGGGAGAAGCUUCAAACAGAACUCCAACCUUGUGGCACAUCAGAGAAUUCACACGGGAGAGAGACCCUGUAUGUGCUCUGAGUGCGGGAAACACUUCGCUCAGAGCUCAGCCCUCAUUAAACACCAGCGGAUCCCCAAGGGAGACUAACCAUAUAAAGGCCUGGAAAAAUGCUUUGCCUCCCGCAGAGUGGCCUUGAAAGGAUGUUUGCACCAUUCGCUCACUGUGGUCUCGCAGGUGAGUUGCUUGCUUUUACAGCUUGCCCUUCGGUAAAUCCCAUGAUCCUUUCUAUCAAAUCUUCUGGUCCAUUAGUCGUGGGAGUGUGUCCCCCUCCUACCAGGAAUGUCCAUCCGCCCCCGGUGAGGGAGACAGAGCUGAUCUCAACUAGCCACACUGAGGUGAAAUCUUUCUCGGCCUCAAGUCCACGGGCAUCAUUUUAUACUGUUUCUCCUCCAACCCACCCCACACCUGCAAGCUGAUUGGGGUGAGUCAGAGAGAUUUGCUCUUUCGCCAUCAUCGUCUGGCCCCCGCCCACCCCUCGCUCCAGCAGCAGCAGCUUCUGCCUGAGCUACACAGAGUUCGUCCUCCUUACAUUGUCCUGGGGGGCUGAAAGGGGCCAUUUCAAUUGUUGGAAACAAAGUCAUUUUCUUUUAAAAAUUACUAACAAACAUUUGGUUUAGAGAAAUGAGAGAGGGGAAGCGAACUCUACUAAUUGAUUAUCUUACCGCAGCUCAAGGUACUGGCUUCCACGUUAUUUCUGUUACAAUCUCUUUUGUAUGCCUCUCCGUGGAGAGUUUUUAACCCUAUUAGAGUAGGCUCACCUUUACAGGGGUACUUUUCUCCAGGUACGUUGAGACCAAGGUAUAUUGUUUCUCAAAAUUAUGGGGAUUCCGUUCUCUGGUAUAUCCUUAGACAACUAAGAAUGUUUAUAAAUGGGCAAAAUAAUUUGCUUUAAGGGCAGGUGUACCCUGUAGAUUAUUAACGAAUAACCAGCCCGUUUAUAAUUGGGCAAAGUGACAAAUCGUAACUAAACCCUAUGAAAAUGAAGAAAAUAUUCAGAUCUGUUCAUUAGAAGACGCCAUUUAAGGACCUGUUUUCAAACAGACCAAUUAUGAAUAUCAAGAAUUUUAAAUCCCGCUAUUUCUCUGUUUAUCAAUGUUUAGCCCUUUUCUCAUCUCCAGUAAGUCAUGGUCUGACCAUUUGAGAAACUGUUUGUAUUUUAAGUGACAACACCACUUUCAAAUUCCAAUAAAAUCAAAACACAAGUUCAAAUCUAAA